UAGUGUUCGUUCAGUGUCAGGCAGUGCUCGUCUUCCGCCCUAUAGUGUUAGUUCUCGGAGCUCUCAGUUUUCAGUAGAUGUGUUGUGGUCGCGCAGUGCUGGCUGUGCAAGUGUUUAUCCUCUGUUCAGAUUGCUCCUGUUGUGCCUUCGGUUAGUUUUUCUGCCAGCCCUCUGCUUUCAAAUAAUAUACAACUGCAUAGAUUCCCCUGUCAUUAUUUCACUGCCAUUCAUACCAGCUUCAAUUGGAUUCGCACUGACAGUGUGCAUUGAACCCCAUAGCUCUGUGGUCCUGGAUUUUACUAUCUCUUCUCCUACUCGAAGACAUUUUUCAUUUGAUUCCCGAAGUCACUAGUUGUUCUCGUAAGUUUGUCUCAUCCAAUCAUCCUACCUUUUUCAGCAGGUACAUCAAUUGAGCACCUGCUAUGGAUAGAGACGAAGCCCUAAUUUUACUGCGAUCAGCAGUUGGAAACCCUGCCGCAACAUUCAAAGAAGAUCAGUGGGAAGCAAUCGAUGCAUUGGUCAAUCACCGUAAGAGACUACUAGUAGUCCAACACACAGGAUGGGGUAAGAGCUCCAUCUAUUUCCUAAGCACCAAGAUUUUUCGGCAACAAAAUUUCGGGCCGACUAUAAUUAUAUCCCCACUUUUGGCACUCAUGAAUAAUCAGAUUGAAACUGCCAAACGCUUCAAUGUAGUAGCUGGCUCUUUCAAUUCCACCAACUGGGAAGAGAGGGGAGCUCUUACUGAGAGGGUUCUCAACAAUGAGAUUGAUUGUUUGUUAAUUUCUCCAGAGCGACUGUCAAAUGAUCGGUUCAUGUCUACUAUUUUUUCACGAAUCUGCGAGAAAAUCGCUCUCCUAGUAAUUGAUGAAGCCCACUGCAUUUCUGUUUGGGGCCAUGACUUUCGCCCGGACUAUGGCCGAAUCAUUGACAUUCUUCAAUUGCUGCCUGCUGAUGCAGCAGUAGUCGCCACCACAGCAACUGCCACUCAGUCUGUCAUUGACGAUCUGAAAUCUCAGCUAGGUGAACUUCAUAUUAUUCGUGGUUCAUUAUACCGCGAAAGCCUUGCUUUGCAAACUAUGAAAAUUUCAGACCCUGCUUUGCAGCUUGCCUGGUUGGCGAAAAAUAUUCCUAAACUUGAGGGUUGUGGCAUAAUGUAUGUGCUACGAAGAAGGGAAGCUGAGGAAAUGGUGAAGUGGCUUAAUUAUAAUAAUGUCAAAGCAGAUCUUUAUCACGGACAACUCAGCGACUAUACUCAUCGUCAGCGCCUUGAGAAUCGACUCCUAAACAAUGAGUUAAAAGUGUUGGUGGCCACUUCAGCGCUAGGAAUGGGGUUUGACAAACCUGAUCUGGGUUUUGUUAUUCAUAGCCAAGCCCCAGAAUCUGUCAUCACUUAUUAUCAGCAAGUGGGACGGGCUGGGCGUGGCAUUGAUUAUGCCGUAGGAAUACUCAUGCUGGGAACCAAAGAGGAGGGCAUACAUGAGAAUUUUCGAAGAACUGCUCUCCCAUCAGAGACUGACAUAAGAAAAAUUGUAGAAGCACUGGAAGAAAAUAAUGGCCUAACACUUUAUGAUAUCAAGAGCCAAGUUAAUAUGAAGCAGGAUAAGAUUGAGAAAACUUUGAAAUAUCUAAGUGCUGAAAAACCUGCUCCUAUUAAAAAAGACGGAAACAUGUGGUAUAGAAUGCCUGUUCCUUUCAACAUGAACUCUUCCGAAUUCAAAGGCCUCUGCUUAACUCUUCGUCGAGAGAAGGAAUGGAAACGUGUAUUGGAGUACAUAGAUCAUCAAGGGUGCAAAAUGAACUUCUUACAAGAAGAAUUAGAUGACCCAGGUGUUCCAAUAGCUUGUGGAAAGUGUAACUCCUGUGUUCAAAGGCUCAUCGUUGAUGAGCCCGUUGAUGCAGACUUAGAAGAAGCCGCCAAGUUUUUCCUAACUAAUCCAGACAUCACUAUUCCUCCUUUCAAGUAUGAAAAUUCUUUCGAACUACUAGAACCUAUUUGUCUAUUACCUGCCCAUACUUCUCCAAUAUCUUUUAGCUCCUAUCCAUUUAGGGAGGAAUUAGCAGCUGCCCCAGGAAGAGCGCUAUCCCUAUGGGGAGAUGCUGGCUGGAGUAAAAUCGUCAGAAGAGACAAAUAUAUAAACAAUCAUUUUUCUGACCUACUCUGCGAUGCCACGGCGAAUAUGAUAGGUGGACGGUGGAAACCUGAUCCAUUCCCAGCCUGGGUAUGCUGUGUGCCCUCCAAAGAUCAUCCUAACUUGGUACUGUCAUUUGCUCAACGCUUGGCCUCAAAGCUAGAACUCCCCUUUGUCAAUGCGAUUGACCAAAUUGCUGACAAGGAACCUCAAAAGGACCAGCAUAAUAGCGUCCAUCAACGGAAGAAUUUAGAUGGCGUUUUCAAGGUAACGCAGCUUGCUCAUGGUCCUGUAUUGCUUGUAGAUGAUAUUGUAGAUUCCGGUUUGACACUUGCUACUGUAGCAGCAUUGUUGCGGGAAGGAAAUAGUCAGAAAUAUGAAGUGUAUCCUGUGGCACUUAUUAAACUUCGGUAGAAGUUCAUUAAUCACCGCUGUCAAAUGAUAUUCCUCCAAUUUACGUAUCCUGUGUAUUUUAAGGUAGAAUGUGUGCAGAUUAGGUACUGAUAAUAAUACACUGUUUUGUUAUGGUGAGUAAGAGCGUUGUAUGAGUCGUCAGAUGUUGCCAAAUUUUCUUUGGUAAAAUGAGAAUUUUCAGGGAAACGCAAGAAUAUUUUUCUUCAUAUUUCAGAGAAUUUUAUUCUAUAUCUGAUCUUAAUUAUCUUGAAAAUCGUAAGAGAAAAUUUUCAUACCCCUCCUUACAAACAUACAUUUUACGGGAGGAAAUUUGGCAACUCUUGAACAUUCAUACAGCGUAUUUCCUUAGCACGGCAGUAUUCUAGUACUUAAGUUUGUACCUUUGCAUGUUAAGUCAAACUGAAUGACUUGAUCAUUUUUCUCCCACUAUUUUCUAUUUUAUGGAAAAUAUGAAAUACUUUCAUUUUUUAAUUCGCACCAACAGAGUGUGCUGUGUGCUGUUCGGCAAAGGAAAUUUCACUGCUUACGGAAGGAUUCAGCAUUGGUUAUUUUUUUAUUUUUCUUCUUUCGUAUGGUGUUAAGACUGCUUAUGUUAAGCUCUAAAAUUCUACUCUUUGUGAGUAAAUUUUGGGUGAAGCAGGGCUGAUAUGAAUUUUUCAACUUUUUAACUUGAGUUUUGCAUCACUAAAUCAGCGGUCAAGAACAGCUCUUUUUCUUGCUAGCCAGGGAGACUAUACUGCUGCGGCUCAAUCGUUGAAUCGAUAUUGAUACAAAUUAUUGCUAUCAAUUAACAUUACUCGAUAAUGAUUCAUCUAUCGACCCUCUACUUUCCUCAAUCACCAAUCUUCUGUUGUCGCAGUUCUACUCCAAAUGCAUGUAUAAGUGCUGAAAAAUUAACUCAUAAGCCCUGCCUUCCUUGGAAUUGUCACAUGAAAAGUGAAAUUAGUACUGUCUAUAGGGCCUAGGAAAUCAUGAAAAUAAAUUGUAAAAAAAAUUUGAAAUUUAGCUUGCUCGGAAGUCCCUCAUAAUCUGUGCCAUUUCUUCAACUCCGUGAAAUUUCCUUUGCAUGCGUUUGCCUAGUAUUGCUUGUUACUAGAACUUGAUCUUUAAGUACCAAAAAAUUAGAAAUUGAAUCCAAAAAUAGCUUUACAGCAGUCAAUUGGUGUCAUUGACAGCUUUCAGUGACUUAGAGUGGACAGAAGCUGUUAUUUGUUGAUAAGCUUCUAUGCUUAAGGUCUUUUGUUCUUUGAGUAAUUUUUCAUUACUAACCAAGCAAAACCUCUGCAUGGCGAUAUAAUGAUUAGUUUAUGUACGGAUCGAGUUUAACAGAGAUGCACCAAGCUGCAGUUUGGAGAAAAACUGUUUAAGAGUAGUUUCGAAUUAGACUAUUCAAAAAAAGGUUCAUAUAUUUUUGAAAAGACUGAAUUUCUAUCAUUGAAAAUUGCAUCUUUUUUUCAAGUUGAAUCUCUCUGACGAACUUCUUUUUAUAAUUAAAAUACUUAUUCAAAAUGAUGAGCUACACAGUUUUAUUGCCCAGUUUUUUGUGCAUCAUUCACUGAGCAACUCUUUCUCUUAGCAUUUUGACAUUACUUCAGACUUGGUAGGUAUUUUUAAUUCCUUUCACAAAGUUGUAUAGGCACAUGGAGAUUCCUCAAAUUGUGGAUUUUUGAACUGGUUUAGGUUUCAAAAAAAUGUAUGUGUUAUUAUGUAUGCCUUUUCAAUCUAUUUAAUAUCAGUAUAAUUGUGUUUUUUAUCUAAGUAAGCUCUGUACCCAUCAUUGUGUAUUUUCAAUCUAGGAAAGAUCCAUAUCAUUGCACAUUUUCAAUGUAUUAAAAAUCUCGAUCAUUGCAUAUCUUACAUCGAUAUCUUAUUUACAUAUCUUAUGAAGAUAUAUAGCAUUGUAUCAUCGACCUGUUAAUUUAAAAUGUCUGAGUGUUCGAUUCUUCAAUUAUAGGUAUCCGCAAUAUUACUUUCUUUGGUGCUGUAAGCUUUUCCAAAUAAAUUCAUCUUUUCUUUUUCCAGAAA